GCUAGAAAUCAGAGAGGAGAGAGGAGUUUUCAAGCGAGGCAGGAGCGAGCUGGAAAGCCCUGCCGUCUUCUUCCCACCCACCUACCCCUCCUCCUUUGCCCCUCUCCUUUCCCCACCCCCUUCCCCCCCACCUCCGAAAGAAAAAAAAAAAAAAAAAGAAGAAGAAGAAGGAAAAAAAAAAAAGAAACCACUUUUCCAUCAGAGAAAGAGGGAGAUCUCUUUGGAAACAUGGAGCUGCUGUGCUGUGAGGUGGAUCCCAUGAGGAGAGCUCUGCCCGACCCAAACUUGCUCUACGAUGACCGCGUUUUGCACAACUUACUAACCAUAGAGGAGAGGUAUCUGCCCCAGUGCUCCUACUUCAAGUGCGUCCAGAAGGACAUCCAGCCCUUCAUGAGAAGGAUGGUGGCCACUUGGAUGCUGGAGGUCUGUGAAGAGCAGAAGUGCGAAGAAGAAGUUUUUCCUCUGGCCAUGAAUUACUUGGACAGAUUCUUAGCUGUGGUGCCCACUCGAAAGUGCCAUCUGCAGCUGCUGGGGGCGGUGUGCAUGUUCCUGGCCUCCAAGCUGAAAGAGACAAUCCCCCUCACAGCUGAGAAGCUGUGCAUAUAUACGGACAAUUCCAUCAGACCCCAAGAGCUGCUGGAAUGGGAGCUGGUGGUGUUGGGGAAGUUGAAGUGGAACCUUGCAGCCGUCACUCCGCACGACUUCAUCGAACACAUCCUAAGGAAGCUGCCCCUACCUAAAGACAAGUUGCUUUUGAUCCGGAAGCAUGCACAAACCUUCAUUGCCCUUUGUGCUACAGACUUUAACUUUGCCAUGUACCCACCGUCAAUGAUAGCAACUGGAAGUGUGGGAGCAGCCAUCUGUGGCCUUCAGCUCGAUGACGGGGACAGCCUCACAGACCUCCUGGCCAAGAUCACAAACACAGAUGUGGACUGCCUUAAAGCUUGUCAGGAACAGAUUGAGGCGGUGCUAGUAAACAGCCUCAGGCAAGUCCGGCAGCAGCAACAGCAAAGCAAUCCUUCCAAGACGGUGGAUGAACUGGACCAGGCCAGCACUCCCACAGAUGUGAGAGACAUCAACCUGUGAGGACAUCAGCACAGAAAGCCACACUUGCUCC